UGAUAAUUUUUACGAUUGACCGGCGGCAGCCACGACUGGUUACAAUUCGUUCGUGUACGUAUUAUAAUGUAUGAUUGCCGCAAUGCUGUUUAAGAUUAUUGUCAUUAUGUCGUUAUAAUAAUAAUAAUAAUAAUAAUAUCGUGGAACCUACAACGUGUAACAGACGAACCACCGAAUACCGAAACCAGUUGUAAUAAUAAUAAUAAUAAUAAUAAUAAUAACAACAACCACGACAUUAUCAUGCCAACGGCACAGUUUUCACGAUGACGCUGUUGUGAUUAUCCCGCGAACAAGAGUUUCGAGAUCGCAAGGUUAAAGUGCGUAUUAAUAUACGGAUAAUAAAGAGACGUCGUGGUCCUGCCGUAGACGUGUAUUACCAGGUGGUCCAUCCGAAAGGCUCCAGCUGUUAGAGAACAUGUUGCUGUUCCGUCUGCCGCUGCUGGUGGUGUCCGUCGUCUUCGUUCUACUGUCGGGCUAUGCCAACGUCGGGCGCUGCGACCAGGUCGUGUCCCGGUUCGAGUACAAGUACAGCUUCAAACCUCCGUAUCUGGCACAGAAGGAUGGAUCUGUACCGUUUUGGGAGUACGGCGGAAAUGCUAUUGCCAGUGCAGAUAAUGUUCGAAUUGCACCAUCUUUAAAAAGUCAAAAAGGUGCAAUUUGGACAAAAAGUCAAACUAAGUUUGAUUGGUGGAUAGUUGAAAUAAAUUUUAGAGUCAGCGGAAGAGGUAGAAUUGGUGCAGAUGGCCUGGCAUUUUGGUAUACAUCUUCUAAAGGUGACUAUAAUGGUCCAGUAUUUGGUAGCUCCGACAAAUGGACUGGAUUGGGGAUAUUUUUUGAUUCUUUUGAUAAUGAUGGCAAACACAAUAAUCCAUAUAUUAUGGGUGUAGUAAAUGAUGGAUCACAAAUUUUUGAUCAUUCAAAUUAUGGAUCUACUCAGCAGUUAUCCGGAUGUUUGAGAGAUUUCAGAAAUAAACCUUUUGCAACAAGAGCCAAAAUUGAAUAUUAUAUGAAC